GUUAAAUGCAUUUUUCACUUGGCUCAAGAUGUGGACGCACGCUUUACUGAUCGUCGCCUGCUUGUGGGCACUUGUUGCAGCCGCUCCCUUUCCCACACCCAUUUGGAGUCCAGAGCAAGUGGGCGAUUACUUUAAUGGCAUCUUUCGCUCUGUGGUUGGACCAAUCCUUGGAUUUGAUAAUGGUGUCAAUAAUAACAACACCACAAGCAAUUAAGCUAAACUCCCUGUCACCUCCCUCCUCUUUUUCGGCUUACCGCACCAAUCCAAAGGGCACCGGCAGUUUCUCAACAAUGUCCACGGCACAAUCGCUCAGCUGUUUUAAUAAAUAUUGUGCCGCAUAGAAACCGGCGGGACCAGCGCCCACAAUGCAAAUUCGCUUAGUUCCAGUCGCCUGUUGCACAGCUUGUAAAUUAAUUGCACUUGUACUAAAGCUACUGCUGUAAAUAUUUAUUAAAUUACGCCUGCAAUUUAAAAAGUGA